AAGAUGUCAGUACUGUAUGUUUUUCGAAAUGUCCUCAAUCUGUCACCUACCGGGGGUUUGCUGAAUCCAUCGAAGCGAGUGCUGUGCCAACGAUGUCUUCAUCAGAAGAACACAGUGGCUCCUUUAAAGGGCAUUAGAGUGUUGGAUCUAACCAGGGUAUUGGCUGGUCCAUACUGCAGUAUGAUACUUGGUGAUCUGGGGGCGGAGGUUGUUAAGGUGGAACGGCCAGGUGUUGGAGAUGACACCAGAGCAUGGGGGCCACCCUUCUCUGGCACGGAGAGCGCAUACUUUCUCUGUGUCAACAGGAACAAAAAGAGUGUGGCCAUCAACAUGAAAGACCCUAGUGGAGGAGACUUGGUUAGAAAGCUGGCUGAGCAGAGUGAUGUGCUGAUAGAAAACUACUUACCUGGCAAGCUUAGUGAGAUGGGUCUGGGUUAUGAUGACCUGAAAAAGUCUGCACCUCACCUGAUUUACUGCUCAAUUACAGGUUACGGACAGACAGGUCCAUCUGCCUCCCAACCUGGUUAUGACGUCAUCGUCGCUGGAAGAGGCGGGCUUAUGCACAUUACAGGGCCUGCGGAAGGAGAGCCAUGUAAAGUGGGCGUGGCUAUGACUGACUUGUCUACAGGACUGUAUGCCCACGGAGCCAUCAUGGCUGCCAUAUUGCAGCGUCAGGCCACAGGUGUUGGACAGCACAUAGACUGUAACUUAUUCUCCACUCAGGUAGCCUCAUUGGUGAAUGUCGCCUCUAAUUACUUGAACGCUAGUAUGGAGGGACAGAGGUACGGGACAGCUCAUGCCAGCAUUGUGCCUUAUCAGGCGUUUCCAACAUCUGAUGGUUACCUGUUGGUAGGAGCAGGAAAUGAUCACCAGUUUAAAGAGCUGUGUCAGAUAUUACAGAUGGAGUCAGAAGCGUCAGAUCCACGUUUUUCAAGUAACGAGAAACGUGUAGCAAACAGAAAAGUCCUCAUUUCACGGCUCUCUGACAGAUUUGCAAAGAACAGCACAUCUGAUUGGCUGGAUUUGCUGGCUGGGUCUGGCAUACCUUUUGGUCCAAUCAACACCAUAGAACAGGUGUUUAAGGAACCUCAGAUUGAGCACAACAAAAUGAUACAAGAAAUGGAUCAUCCCACAGCAGGGAGGAUCAGGGUUCCUGGUCCACCAGUGAAGUACAGCAGUGGUGACUUCCCCUUACCCUCUCCUCCCCCAACUCUGGGGCAACACACUGACCAGGUGUUAGGCUCAGUCCUAGGACUGACUGAUCAGGACUUAAACAAACUGAGAGAGGGCAAGGUCAUCCAGUAACUUUAAAAACAUGUGGCCUUCAGGAGUGAUGGCAAUAACAAAUCAGUCAAAACACAAUCAAGUGCCUCAUUAUAAAGUGAUUUUAAAACGAUCAUUCAGCAACUUUUAUACUCAGUGUAUAGAUGGUUUGCAAUGGCAGCCAUCUUUGAGGUAAGUUUGUGUAUCGCCCACUGGGUGUCUAUUGUUAGAGGUGUCAUAAGCUGUGCAGAGGCCCUUGACUGGUAAGGGCAUACACUAGGCAAUACAAACAAACUUACCUCAGAGAUGGCUGCUGUUGCCAACCAUCUAUUAAAUA